AUGGCGGCCUCAGCCAUGAAGAAAGUGAACAUGAUCACCCAAAUCGUACGGCUGAGGCACGUCGUCCAGCGCUGGAAAACAAAGAGCCUCACGCGCCUCCCAGACGGCCGCUACUCAUCCUCCUCCGACUCCGAAGCGCCGCCGCCGCCCACAUCGACUCGCCGGCGCACACCCUCCGGCUCGCUGGCCGUCUACGUGGGUCCGAACCGAGUCAGGUUCGUCAUCCCGACCCGGUUUCUGAACCUCCCGGUGUUCGUCGCACUCCUCAACCAGGCGGAGGAGGAGUUCGGGUUCCAGACCGCCGGCGGCCUGGUGCUGCCGUGCGAACCGGGUUUUUUCCGACAAGUAGUCCGGUUUCUCGAGGAGGACGAGGAGAGGUUCCGCUGGAUGGGGCUGGACGAGUUUUUGAACGUCGUUUCUGAAGCCGCCGGUUCGGAGUGUUAUAACGAGCGUCCGUUGUCUUGUAAGAAGUCUUCUUCUUCUUCGUCCGCUUCUUUCACGCCAUUGUUGCCCAAAACUAGGGUUUGA